AUGCUUCUUCCAACGGGAUAUAAUUCAGAUCAGCCUCCUUCUUCUGAAAAAUUUUGUGAUUAUGAUCAAUGUUCAAUUUUAUUGGAUACUGAAAAUUCGCGUCAGGUUUUAAUUUGUGGUCACGUAUAUCAUAGUGAUUGUUUAAAAAUUUUAAAUUUCGGGUUUUGGAAAAUUCAGAAGAGGAUUAUAGAUGAAGAUAACGAGAAUGAUGAUAUGUUUGAGAUGGAUAAAUUAGACGAAAACUAUUUAGCACAAGAAAA